UUUUGAUUUGAUAAAUUGUCAUCAAAGGCUUUCAUUACCAAGGCAUUUUUCACUAUCAGCACCUCAACUGAAAUGUCGAAAGCACGCGCCGCUUCAGAUGUGAUCGUAAAGCUCAUAGUAGGAGCAGGACAAGCCAGUCCUAGUCCUCCGGUUGGUCCUGCUCUGGGAAGUAAAGGUGUCAAGUCAAUGGACUUCUGCAAGGUACGCACAUCUCCUCCACCUUGGACAGGACCAGAAUUUGCUGCACGCUUCAAGUACAUAUAAUUCACAAAUACAAUACUUGUCUUCUCCAAUCGACCAGUCGGUCUAAUGUUUGUACUAGGAAUUCAAUGCAAGAACCUCCCAUAUGAAUCCAGGUACUCCAGUCCCGGCGAGAGUUACAGUGCGACCAGAUCGAUCAUUCCAUUUCGAAAUACGCACACCAUCAACAUCAUGGUUACUUCUCAGUGCAGCAGGUGUUGAGGCGAUGAAGGGAAAGCUAAAGGGAGCUCCAGAUUCGACAACGAUUGUGGGUACCGUGACUCUGAAGCAUAUCUACGAAAUUGCCAAAAUAAAACAAUCGGAACUGCGACUAUCAGGUUUAUCUUUGGAGGGGCUUUGCAAAUCAGUAAUUGCCCAGGCAAAAACUAUUGGGGUCAAAGUUGUCGCAUGAAUGGGCGAGGCUGUCGAUCAGGCCGAUUCGAACAAGCUGGGUCAACUUUACAUGUGAUAUUAUUGCAGGCGGCGUUGGAAUGCGUAUGUACAGUAUUUCACACUAUCUCCAGAUGAAAGACUGGGGUUAUAUGGUGUAACAUGAACGAUUAUCACGACGGUUGAAUGUUUGAGACCGUUUCGACUAGGAGAUGAUUUUUUCGUCAAUGAUAAAUGAUGGUUUCGACCUAGAGCGAAUUUAACGGUAUGUUCAAAGAAAAUCAUUAGUCAAUACAACCUCUUCGAUAAUCGCGCACUUGGCAGACUUGUGUCAUUCCGCCCUAGAGUAAACAUAGGCUUCAAAAUACUUAAUUAGGACAAAGAACAAGAAAUACUGAUGCUUCUGGAGAUCUCGGCCCAAUAUGGAAUGAGAUAUCUUGUCCUAGAAAAUCCGAGAGACUCCGACUUGUGCAA